AUGGCUGCGACUCCCCUCUUUUGGGUUCUCCUCGCCGUUCUUCCAUCGGUGUUCGGGAUGCGUGUGGAGCAGGACGCAGGCGGCAGAGGGAGCUCGCCGACUUGGAGCAGUACUUCCGCCGAGGAGCUCCAGCAGAUACUUCUGGAAGAGCUGAGCCCCCCCGGAGCAACUGCUGUGCCCCCGGAAUGCACCAGGCACAGAGACGCCCCUGAGCUGGAGACACCCCUGGGAGCAGUCCGGGAUGCAGAGUCCUUAAAGGAGUUGAUCGGACGAGUCCGCGGGACCUGGGUUGAGAGAGGCGCAACUGGCUGCUUCCAGCAACUCGGAAAGAUGAUCUCCAACUUGACAACCACCUGCGAAGAGCGGAAGCCCCAAGAGGACUACAUGGACUACAUCUUCCAGUACUACACGCCGCCGCUCUCAAAGAAAACCUGCACGGACAGCGUGGACGACAUCUUUGUUCACGGCAGUGCCUUGGUGCAGGCCAUGCAAUACCCGAAGGACAGCGUAGCAUCGCUGAAGCUGGACCGAGACACGGCGGCCAUGGUCCAAUCGCUGUACUUCCUGCGAGCCUGGCUGACUCCGCUUGCUCGAACUCAUAACUCUGCGCUUCUUUGGGCAGGUUUCUGGGACGCCGACCCAAGGAAACGUACCACCAUGAAGGCACUGCACGAGUUUGCCACGGCCACCGACCACUCGACCGUGCAUCCAGACAGCUGGCUGGGGCAGGUGAUUGACAGCAGCGACGAUCUGGUUGACUGCUACAAAGACGAGACGCUCCGGCUGCUGCUGAACAUGUGGGACAUGGUGAGCAUGAGCUUCGUGCUCGGCAUGAUGGAAGGGGGACAAGGUACCGUCGUCGCGCUGGUGAAUAAAGGCAUGGAGGGCGAGCGGCCGCUUCAAAAGGCCGUCCUCUACGAACAUGAGAUUCCCACGCUGGGAGUGGCUGCCUAUGGACUUGGGUACUGGUCACCCCAGGUCCUGGUCAUCGACUUGCAGGGGACCUGCUCGCGGACCAGCCCAGCGCUCCAGCGCCAGCUCUCCUCGCGCCUGGGCGCGUGGGCGAGAUCCAAGCAGAAGAAGUGCUGGCGAUUGCAAGACUUCGUGCGGAGAUCACGGCUGCAGUGGCGAUGCCUCGACUGUGGCGCUGCAAGCUGCAGCUUGGACGCUGCCUUGGCCAAGCAAGUGAGACAGCUGGUCGAGGAGAAGCAGCCGAAAGACGAGAAGGGCCACGCGCUCUUGCUGGCAGUGAGAAACACAAGUCAAAGCGAGGCGGACAGAGAAUUGGGGAAUGAGCGCACAGAAGCAGACCGCAUGUUGAUGGAGUUGCUGUCGAGUGUACAACGGAUCAAAGGCUUCGAGGCUGCUGUUGAAAAGGUGGGGACAGACUUCAAGCGCAUGAUCUCGGAGAGAAGCAAGAUCCCUCACCGCCGCCACAGCCAGGUCUCGGUGACUCAGGUUCAGGGUCUGCUCGAUGGGAAGGCUGAUCCCAACAUGGCAGACCGACGCGGCUCCACAGUCCUGGACGAAGCUGUCGAGAACGAGAACGUGGAGGUGGCGGCACUGCUCCUGCAGCAGCGAGCAGACCUCAAUGUGCGGGAUGAGAGUGGCAAAACACCCCUCCACACGGCUGCAAGUAAAGGUGUCUCUCCGAUAGCGACGCUGCUCCUUGAGCACAGGGCAGAUGUGAAUCCCUACGAUGACGGAGGUCAGACGCCCCUGGCGACAGCUGCCUACUUUGCUCGCUCGGAGGUGGCAGAGUUGCUAUUAGAGCACAGGGCCGAAGUGAAUCGAUGCGAUGCGAACGGCAACACGCCCCUCCAUCAGAUUGCCAGGAAAGGUGACUCUGGGAUGGCAACUCUGCUCCUUGAUCACGGAGCAGAGGCGAGUCUCCAUGACAGGAACGGUGCCACCCCGCUCGAGUUGGCUGUUGUGCAGGAUCAUUCGGAGCUGGUCGCGCUGCUCCUUGAGCACAAGGCAAAGGUGAAUGAAAAGAAUCAAGAAGGCCGAACGCCCUUGCACCUCGCUGCCGUGCACGGUCGCUCGGAAGCGACGGCGCUACUCCUCAAUCACUCGGCUUGGGUCAAUCCCCGAGAUGAGAAUGAGUGGACUCCUCUCCACUUUGCUGCGCAACAAGGUCAUUUGCAAGUGGCCGAGCUGCUGAUCGACCACAAGGCUGAGGUGAGUCUCCAUGACAAGUCCUAUGGCAUGGUCACGCCCCUCACCUUGGCGAAAGGCUCGGUGAGGGAACUGCUUCUGCAGCACGGCUUUCGACGUGUCACGUCUGGGCAAGGCGGCACUGCAUCUCUGGCUGUCGCUGAGGAGGAUGACGAGGAUGGUCCUCCUGAGGAGGUCACCACCGGCCUGGGCACAAAUCCAGUGCAGGAGGAUCCAGAGAUCGAGGAGACUGCGGCAGAUGCCCUGUCCAGCAAGGAAAGCGUUGCUGUUGGCAAAGCCCGAAGGCGUAAGAAGCAAGGUGAUGGCAGCAAGCAAGUGAAAUACUUGUGGCAAGAUCCUGAAAACCAGGAGCUUCUUCAAGCUUUGAAGAUCGAAGACCAAGAGAAGCGAAAGAGACAUGCUGGUGCGACCCAGAUGGAGAAACAUGGUGUCACUCUGCAAAGCGACGCUGCUCAGGCCCAUGAUCGCGUCGGACAUGCAGCAGACUUCUUGCAGAAGGAGCUGUUUGGCAACCGAAAGCGCAAGCGGAAUGUGGCAGAUCGCUACGACCGCAACGUGCUCGCUGGAUGCAGCCACUGUCCUAGCUGCUUUAUGGAAAGACUUGGAGUUUCAGGGGAAUGA